UACAGCUGUGAUUUAAAUUUCGGUUUUUAGUGAUAUGCAAGAUGUCAUUUGUUCGGUUUAUGAUUAAAAUCGUUAGAUUUGGUUUCGGGAGUAUUCAUGAAGUCAUGCUGAAAAUAGGACUGAAAAUGUGACCUAUAUAACUGGUGUUGUUUUCAUCUGCUGCAGUUCACGGCGACUAGUUAAACGCGUGGAUUAUCUCUCCUCGGAUCACCUUGGACGAAACAUGAGUUUCGCUAAAUGGAGGGUCUAAUGAUGGAGAGACGUAGUCGGGUCACCGCGUGCGUGCUGCUGACGGUCGUCUCCAUGGUGAUCGCUGAUUCACCUGCUGCAGUCCGGCCUUUGGAGGCUCCAAACAUGCCAAAUGAGUUUUCAGUGGAAGUGCUACGUAAUGCAUCCUCCGCCUCGUCUGGAUUUUCUCUUUCACCUAGUUUGGAUCCAUCCAAAGCCACAGAGAGUUACAAUCACAAUGUUAACACUGGAUCGGUAUUCACUUACUCCCUGAACUCUGUCACAAGCCCAGAGCCUCUUGCCACACCUCCUUUAAAAGUCCUAAAGUCUGGAGAGGGAGUUGGAUAUACCCGCAGAGGUUCCUCCAGACAGCCUCGACAACUAAUUUCUCCAGUGCCUACCUCCCAUAAUGUGCCCUUAUCUUGGUCUGCUAUCAGCCCAGCUCCCCAAAUAUCACAGGCUACAGGUUCAUCUGUGCCGUCUAGCUUGCCUUCAGUUGGACAAGAUUCUCCGUACGAGCCUCCUGUUCUUUCCCCUCAAACGCAGUAUGGGACGGUGGGAGUCAGUGACUCUGAGGUUCCUUUUGUAGACCGAUGGGAACCAUCCAGUAGAAUCCAAGACCUCCAGUUGCAGCCCAGCCAUGACCCAAACACCCAGAUAAGCUAUCAGCCGGUGGAACCAAGUAAUGUUGUACACCAUCAAAUGACUUCUGUGUCUGUCGAGCCAACUAUGGGCCCACCCGAAGACUUUUUCCCAACCAACACCAUGGAUGUGGACUAUGGUUCUGGAGAUUACCUAGAAACAAUGUCCUUCAUGGGAUCUGAAGGCAACGACUAUUCACUGGUUAGCAAUCUACCCUCUGAUACGUAUGACUUUGAGGACUCAAAUUCCGAGACCUAUGACACCACGUUCCCCACAAGAAUGGUGAUGUCAUUUUCCAGCAAACAUUUGUAUCCUUCAUCUAUCAGUGUUACUAAUUCUUUCUCCAGCAAACUUGUUGAAAGUUCCAGUUUUAAUAGCAAUUCAACCUUGAAUGGAGCCACCACUGACUUAACCAAACACGUAACAACCUUUCAGAAUUUUACAACUGUUGUGCCCUUUACCAUGUCAAGAACUCCAGUUUUCACCAAUAUUUUGACAUCAGACCUUGGCCACACAAUUUCUCCAUCUCUUUCAACUAUCCAGCCAACCAGAAUCCAUUCUUUAACCAUUCUCCCGACAACUUCAGAUGUCUUAAACCAGAACCAGUCUGUCAACGAGAGCUCAGAGUUGGCAUCUGACUGGGCAGGCACUGUUACAGUCCAACCCACUGAUGUACUUUUACCAGAUAUGAACAGUUUAGAGUACUACACCAUCCAGUUGACCAAGGACAAUGGUAGCUUGCCAGAGCCCACUGCCAAUCAGACGGCCUCUAGUGUUUUCUCUUUCAUUACGGUUGGCACCACACAUAUUGUUAGCACUAGAACCUACACCAUUGACCCAAGUUACAUGCUAACAACUUUGUUUGAUGAAGAUCUACAGCCUACAGGUAACAGUUCCUGGGCUGAGGAAUCCUCAACUGAUAUCUCUGGAUUUGAGCCUUUUAACACCACUAUCUUGGAUCCCUCUGAAGUUAGACCGAGUUUAACAGAUACUACAGUGCCAUAUUUAAAGCCGUCAUUUACACCGACACCCUCAAUAGACCUUUUAACUUCGAUGGGAGAUAUAAACUCAACUACUGAUUGGGCUACCACACCUUUUAUAGCAUACAACACUUCAUUACUGGUGACAACCCCACCUCCAGUGACAAAGGAACCAGAUGGCACGUCUUCUGUUAAUGACAGCCAAUGGAUUAUCACCUCACUCUCAUCAGAGACCUUCUUUCCUAGUAGUGUACUUCCCACUGUUUUAGUAACCACCUCUAUCAGUGUUUCUGAAUACCCAACUGACUCAACCUUCAACAUCACCUCCACCCCUCCUGCAACAGAGAUGGCUGAUGAAGGAUUCGUGUCUGGAACAACAUCUGACACCAUGGUUACUGAUAACGAUAACACCACACCGAUCGGUAGCCUUACAACCACGUCCUCCCCAGGAUUACAUAAUGACACCACUGUCAAGCCUUUCACUAUCAUAAGCUCCAACAACACAACAGUGACUUCCGUGAACGAUACAUCAGUUACAACCCUAUCUACAACCCCUCCAACGACCACUGUCCGGAAGUAUCUCUGCAACAUCACUAAACCUGACACCUACUUGAUCAGAGUUGGGUUUCCUCCAGGGUCCACUGCUGGAUAUGCCAAAGCCAAAGUCAGAGAGAUUCUCAAAGCAGAGUAUAACCGCUCUGUGGAGCUACAGGUAGUGAAAGCUCCUCCAGACUUUGUGUUUCGUGCUGUGUCUGGUGCAGUGGUUUAUACUGCCAUAUCAGUCAUUAAUGCCCUGAGAAUCUCUGCUCGGACCACCAGCUCCUUUAUCAGCGUGUCACCCAUCAGUCCUGUACCAGGCCCGCAGUACCAUGUACAUACAGUUCUUCAGUUUGUACCCAGCCAUGUAGAUGUGAGAAUGUGUACCUUCAGUGAGCAGGCAGAGAAGGGUCUGAUCACAGCCUUAGCUGAAGUCCGCCGACGCUCACAGGAAUCCACAAACUUCACUGUGAAUAUUUUAAACGUCACCAAGAGUCCUGUGGACACGGCGGCACAACAGCAGAAGGUUCCAGUGGAGAUCACCUUUGCUGUGCACGAUAUCCGCGGGUAUGUGCCAGGGACAGAGGUGAGCGCCCAGCUUCGACAACUCGGUGUGGUUGAGUACAGCUACUACCUUGGCUACCCUGUAUGGCAGAUUGCAGAACCUUUCCACUACCCAGAGCUGAACUCAACCCAACUGCUUCGUUCCUCAUGGGUUAGAACAGUGGUGUUGGGAGUGUUGGACCAGCGCGAGAGUGACAAGAUCUUCAAGGCUACGAUUGAGAGGAGACUGGCUCAGUUGCUGGGUGAUGCAUUGGGUGCGGGGCCCCGCUUUAGAAGAGCAACUAGUGUGGGAAACAACAGCGUACAGAUUGUACAGACCACUCCUCUUGUGGGCCCUGACAGCCCUCUGGAGAUUAUCUACUUUGUGGAAGGAGCUAACGGACAGAGACUUCCCGCCGCAACCACAGCCAACAUGCUCAACAGUCUUGAUGUGCAGCAUGCAGCGAUCAUCAUGGGAUACCGCAUCCAGGGCAUAUUAGCACAGCCUGUGGAAAAACAGGCCUCACCUCCCUCAGACACAGAGAAGACCAACACGUGGAUAAUCGUAGGAGUGGUGGUCCCCGUGGUGGUGGUCGUCAUUAUAAUAACUAUACUGUACUGGAAACUCUGCCGCACUGACAAACUGGAAUUCCAGCCAGACACCAUGAGCACCGUCCAACAAAGACAGAAGCUGCAGGUGCCCAGCGUGAAGGGUUUUGACUUUGCCAAGCUGCACAUGGGCCAGCACAGUAAGGAUGAUCUCCUGGUCAUCCAGGAGCCGUUGCCACUUCCUGUGGCCGCCAAGGAACAGAGUCCAGCUGAGAACGCAGAGGUGCCCACACCAAAGUCCAAAGCCUCCCGCAAUGGCCAGCGGCGCAGGGGCCAGAUUUCUCCAUCCGAGGGCGACUCCAUAGGCAGUGAUCCACCCAGCGACAGAGGGUCACCUGAGGAGGGCAUUAGACCCGCGGGUCUGCCCAUCGAUCUAAAGCAACCACAUAAACCAGCCAUCAAUGGAUUAAAUGGGAAGAAUAAUAGAAUUGGUCCACCCCCAAUGAAUGGCAUGGAUGAGCCCUUAUCUUCAGCCUCCAUUUUUGAGCAUGUGGACCGAAUGUCCCGCCCAACUGACGGCCCUAAACGCCCUCCUAAUAAAAUCCAGCUCAUCGCCAUGCAGCCGAUGCCAGCCCUGCCCUUACCCAGCUUUACAGCCAAUGACAGAGCAGCAGAGAAGACCAAGCUCAACAAAGAGAUCCAGGUGGCUUUACGGCACAAGUCUGAGAUCGAGCAUCAUCGCAAUAAGAUCCGCCUGAGGGCCAAAAGGAAAGGCCAUUACGACUUCCCUGCUAUGGAUGAUCUCAUCGAUGGUCUUGGCGACCCCAAAGAGCAGGACCGAAUCUACCAGAGGGCCCAGAUGCAGAUUGACAAGAUACUUGAUCCAGAUAUUCACAUGCCCUCACUGUACACUGAGCCCAAGAAAAGCAACAGAGGGAAGCGUUCUCCUAAACAGAGAAGGAAACAACAGAUGAACGGUGAUCUGACAGAUGCUGACCGAGAUAGACUCAUAACGACGGACAGCGAUGGGACAUAUAGGAAAUACCCAGGAGUCAAUAACAUUGCAUAUGUGUCGGACCCAGACCAGGGUCCCGAGCACCAUAGCCCAUCCCCGACUGAUGAUGUGUUCCACAGUCCAAUUUCUCCUCCUGGCCACCUUCCUCCACCACCCCCCUAUCUGCCUCCUCAGCCAUCUAUAGAGGAGGCCCGGCAGCAAAUGCACUCUCUAUUGGACGAUGCCUUUGCCCUCGUAUCACCUUCGUCUCAGGGCAGCACAGCUGGCAUCACUCUGCCUGGGGUUGGGCUUGACCCUGGACCCCCACCUGCCUCGAGCCCACCAUCCCGUGGCCCACGGCCUUGGGGCCCAGGAUACCUGCCCUUGAAUCCCUACACAGGGAGAUAUGCUGAAUUAGGUCUGCCACCUUCCAGUGUGCAAGGUUUACCACAUAGACAGGGUUUAGGGUCUGGCUACAUCCCGUCAGGAGAGGCCCUUCCUGUUGAACAGCUACAGCCGGAGUCACUUUAUGUUGGUCGGGGGGGAAACACAGAUCAGUUGCCCUCUUCCACCAGGCCACGACCUGUAGGUGGAACUACAGGUGCCCAGCUACAUCAUUUAGCCCAUGUUGGUCUGACAGGUCGUGUAGGUGACGGCCGGCAGCCUGGCGGGUUAAGCUGGAGCCCGUAUCAUGAGGACGACAACAAGCUUGUUAACAACAGGGAGCCUGUUCUUGGCUCUCUUGACUACACUUCCAUCUCUGUAUUCCAGACCUCCAGGAAUGGUCUGAAGGAGCCAUCUGCCGCUCCUGCCCACCUGGACUCUCUCGGCCUUGGCUACGCUCCCUCCGCUCCCCACGAGGAGCCUUCCCCUCCCAACCACUCUUCCGCCUCGCUCAUCAAAGCCAUCCGAGAGGAACUGUUGCGCCUCUCCCAGAAACAGGCAGCGGUACCCAGCUACCACAGCUAAGACCUGCCCCCUCAAGCACCAUCAGGCAAAAGCUGCACUACACUGCACUGUACUUCCCAUGGAAGUGGCUUUUUUGAGAGGACAAUGACUGUAUGUCAUGUAGCCUCUGCUGCCUCUCGGUGGCAGAGUGCAUUAGGACAGGAAGAGUAGACUAUUAUCCUGUAUUCCCAAAUUCCUCAAGUUGUUCUAAACAUAAGCUCCAUCCUGAGACUGAAGAACAAUGUUUUUUACCUUGUUUACAGGCGACUGUAUAAUUUGGUAGCAACUGCUCUAUAUGACAACAAAGCUAAAAUAUGGCUGCCACACAUUCCUUUGGUCUUCUGUCAGAGGUGUGCAUGUUUUUCACAUUGUGUCGUUUCUUUGCUGUGUACACUGCCUUCACUUUUGAAUAAUUUUAUACCUUGCACUGACUCUUGUAGAUUCUCAUCACUGAAAACUGCUUUUGAUACCUUAAAUGAAUCUCUCUGAUCUACAAAAAAAAAUUAGUUUUUCUCAGUGCUGCAUCUUCCCGUUCUCUCAUGUUGCUGACUCUUUUAUAUCUGUUUAAGGCCAUCAAGCACACAUUGCCUUCAUAAUACAGUAUUGAACCCUAUACAAUAUUGUCUUAUACUUUAGGGUCCAGUAAUAGUAUUUGAAGUAGUGAUGUUUUCCACCUUCAUAUGCCUUUAUUUGGUUUGGCAUGUACAGGAGAGCUGGACAUGCAGCUGUUAUUAUGUCCAAUGCAUUGGAGGACACUAUGUUAACAUUAAAGAAAUGUUCCAGGUUCAGUACAACUUGAGAGAUUGUUAACAAAUAAAAAUGUGUUUUUAGUAAUGUACUUACAAAUACAAUAAUGGACUGG